UGGAAAUAUGUUGCAAGAUAAAGAAUAUUCUUAUAUUUCAGAUUUUGGAUUAACUAGACCGGCAGAUAAGCCAUAUUCGAAUGACAAAAUAUAUGAUUUUGGUAUAAUCAUGGCUAAAUUAUCAAUUAGAAAUCCUCUAUUUUAUGAUAAAAAACAUAACGCGUCUUUAACUUUAAAUAUUUGUAAUGGACUUCUUCCAGAAUUUGGAAAAGGAACUCCUGAAUUUUAUAAGGAAUUGGCUUAUAGAUGUAUAAAUGCAAAUCCAAAUGAAAGACCAACGAGUAAAGACUUAAGAGAAAUAUUAAGAUUUUGGUUUGAGUCUACUGAUCUUUAUUGGAUUAUCAGAAUUGGUUCUAAAUUAUUUGGUGACUCUAAAUUACAAUUUAUCAACCUUACUGAUUUACAAAAUUUAGGAUAUUGUCAUAAGGAUUUUCAUAGUAGAAAUAUAUUGCAAGAUGAAGUAGUUACUUACGUUUCAGAUUUUGGAUUAUUAGGAUCAACAGAUAAGCAAGGAUCGAAAUACAAAAUAUCCUCUGAUAUCUAUAGUUUUGGUGUAAUUAUGGCUGAAUUAUCAACCGGAAAUCCUCCUUUUUAUGAUAGAAAACAUGUGUCUUUAGCCUUAGAUAUUUGUAAUGGACUUCGUCCAGAAUUUGGAAAAGGAACCCCUGAAUUUUAUAAGGAAUUAGCUUAUAGGUGUAUGAAUGCAAAUCCAAAUCAACGACCAACAGCCGAUGAAUUAAUUAGUAUAUUGGAAUUUUGGGAUAAUUCUAUUAGAUAUGAUGAACCUAGAGAAAAUAAAAGGGUGCAAGUAAUCGAAAUUUUCGAUGUGCCCGAAGCUAUCUAA